GGCGGCGACGGCAGGGGCCGAGGGGGCGGUCGCUACGAGGCGGGUGCGGAGCGGGAGGAAGAAGCGUUUGUGCGGGCGGUGAGGUCGCAGAGGAACAUCGUGGGGAUCAACGACUAUCAUCUGUUCUACAAGAUGAGUAACAGCCACCCUCUUCGCCCCUUUACUGCAGUGGGAGAAAUUGAUCAUGUGCACAUUUUGUCUGAACAUAUUGGUGCCUUGUUGAUUGGAGAAGAAUAUGGCGACGUCACAUUUGUUGUGGAAAAGAAACGUUUUCCUGCCCACAGGGUAAUUUUAGCAGCAAGGUGCCAAUAUUUUCGAGCAUUACUCUAUGGUGGAAUGCGAGAAUCUCAGCCUGAAGCUGAAAUCCCUCUCCAAGACACCACUGCAGAAGCAUUCACAAUGCUACUUAAAUACAUCUACACUGGGCGGGCGACGCUGACAGAUGAGAAAGAGGAGGUACUGCUGGACUUUUUGAGCCUGGCUCAUAAAUACGGAUUUCCAGAGCUGGAGGAUUCUACCUCUGAGUACCUCUGCACCAUACUUAACAUUCAGAAUGUCUGUAUGACUUUUGAUGUUGCCAGUCUCUACUCCCUUCCCAAGUUAACUUCCAUGUGCUGCAUGUUUAUGGACAGAAAUGCUCAGGAGGUGCUCUCAAGCGAAGGCUUCCUCUCCCUUUCUAAGACAGCACUUUUAAACAUCGUAUUAAGAGAUUCAUUUGCAGCUCCUGAAAAAGAUAUCUUCUUAGCCUUGUUAAACUGGUGUAAGCAUAAUUCAAAGGAGAAUCAUGCUGAAAUCAUGCAGGCUGUCCGUUUGCCUCUGAUGAGCCUCACUGAACUUCUGAAUGUCGUGAGGCCUUCGGGACUGUUGUCUCCUGAUGCCAUUCUGGAUGCUAUUAAAGUUCGAUCAGAGAGCCGGGACAUGGACCUUAAUUAUAGAGGCAUGCUCAUACCAGAAGAAAACAUUGCAACUAUGAAAUAUGGAGCCCAGGUGGUAAAAGGGGAGCUGAAGUCUGCCUUAUUAGAUGGUGACACUCAAAAUUAUGAUUUGGAUCAUGGAUUUUCUAGGCACCCAAUUGAUGAUGACUGCCGUUCUGGCAUCGAGAUUAAGCUAGGUCAGCCGUCCAUUAUCAAUCAUAUACGGAUACUCCUGUGGGACCGAGAUAGCCGGUCUUAUUCAUACUUCAUUGAAGUCUCAAUGGAUGAACUUGAUUGGAUCAGAGUGAUUGAUCAUUCGCAAUAUCUCUGUCGUUCUUGGCAAAAGUUGUAUUUUCCAGCCCGUGUCUGCAGGUAUAUUCGAAUAGUUGGGACUCACAACACAGUGAAUAAGAUUUUUCACAUUGUGGCUUUUGAAUGUAUGUUUACAAACAAAACCUUCACUCUGGAGAAGGGGCUAUUAGUUCCCAUGGAGAAUGUUGCAACAAUUGCUGAUUGUGCCAGUGUGAUUGAAGGAGUCAGUCGGAGCCGAAAUGCCUUGCUGAAUGGGGACACUAAGAACUAUGAUUGGGAUUCUGGCUAUACAUGUCAUCAGCUAGGAAGUGGUGCAAUUGUGGUUCAGCUGGCCCAGCCAUACAUGAUUGGGUCAAUACGGUUACUACUGUGGGACUGUGACGAUCGGAGCUAUAGCUACUACGUCGAAGUUUCCACCAACCAGCAGCAGUGGACCAUGGUAGCCGACAGAACUAAAGUCACCUGCAAGUCCUGGCAGUCAGUCACUUUUGAAAGACGGCCGGCCUCCUUCAUUCGAAUCGUUGGAACACACAACACAGCAAAUGAGGUGUUCCACUGCGUCCACUUUGAGUGUCCCGAGCAGCAGAGCAACCAGAGGGAGGAGAACAGCGAGGAAUCGGGGACGGGGGACACCAGCCCAGCCAGUCGGCAGCCCGGCCCCCACGCCCUGCAGGCCCCCAGCGGCAACUCGCUGCACUCCAGCCCAGGCUCCAGCUCAUACUCAGCCACCCGGCAGCACCAGUAGAGGAGGCGUACGUGUGGAGUGACUCGGCUGGGCCCAGGUGGCACGGGAGCCGUGUCCUCCCCAAGCAGGGAUCCCUGUGGACACCUCCCCCCGCCACCCCCGCCCCACGAGGAACAGACCUGGCUGCAGAAACACACAGGACAGCUUUCCUCCCAAGGACACAAAGGGGCUGCUUUGUUCUCCUCAGCUUGUUCAAAUCAGGCUGGUCUCCAGGGGGAGAAAGUGGGUCUUCAAUCUUCAUCAAGUCCAUUAACACCCUACCUCUCUCAUCUAACCCCGCAAAGACCACAGAAGGAAGUAAUAGGCCUGAGUCGGAAUACAAAGGUGGCACAUGAACACAGGAAUGGAAGAGAAUGUAUUAGGCCUUCAUUACCUGGAGGCACCCUGUAGGAAAUGGGUUUCCUUAGAGUGUUUACUUUUAUGGAACACAUUGCCCUGGCAACUAAAUAAUUUUUUAUUUCUUUUAGUUAUUCUCCAUUUGCUGAAUCAUAGGAGUUCCAGAUUGAAAGGUUCAAACAGCAAAUCACUUGUUUUAAUCCCUUUU